AUGUCCCAAUGGUUAAAAACUUGGCUUAAACGUUCAGAUCAACCAAGUGUACUUAUUCCUAAUAAUAAUGAAGAUGAACCAGAUGAUCCAGAUGAUCCAGAUAAUGAUGUUACGAGCAACAAUGGUGACAUUGAGUUUGAACUUGCUGAUAAAGACAGUCAACCACAUCAACCUUUACUUGUGUCAUUUCCAAAAAAACUAUUUGGUAAGCAAAACCGUUCAUUUUCAUCUAAAUACUACAAAGAUUAUACAUGGAUAGAAUACAGCCAAAACAAAGAUUUAGUCUUCUGUUUUUAUUGUCGUAACUUUGGUACUAGCUCAAAUUCUGAAGAAGUUUUCACUAAAAGUGGUUUUAAAGAUUGGAAAAAAAUUUCAGAAAAAUUAAAUAAGCAUAGCAAGAGUUCAUAUCAUCUUUUUAGUUUGGCAAAAUACAAAGAUUAUCAGAAUACUAAAAAAACUGGUAAUGUACAUGUACAAAUGUCUAAUGCUUACAAAGAAGAAGUCGAAAAGAAUCGUAAAUACAUGCUUAUGAUAAUUGAUGCAGUCUUAUUUUUAGCACAUCAGGGCUUAAGCUUCAGAGGUCAUACUGAAAACAAAGAAUCCCUUAAUCAAGGUAAUUUCAAAGAAAUAUGUGGUAUGUUAGCAACUUAUAAUCCAUCAUUUGCUAGUAAAAUGGAAACAUCAUAUUUUAAUUACACAUGUCCUUUAGUUCAAAAUGAUUUAAUAAGUAUAACAGCUGGUUUGGUGAGGUCACAAAUAGUACAAGAAAUAACAGAAUGUGGAAUGUAUGCUUUAAUGUGCGAUGAAGCCAGGUCAUUCAAAGAAGAACAACUUACUAUCUGUGUAAGAUACACAAAACAUAUGGUGGUUCAAGAACGGUUUUUGUCUUUUGUUUUAUGCUCUACAUCAAGAUCUGCAGCUGGUAUUUCAAAUACCAUACUUGAAAGUUUAAAAACUCUAAAUAUUGAUCAAGUGCCUAUGAUAGGUCAAUCGUACGAUGGCGCUAGUGUAAUGGCAGGCCAUAUAAACGGAGUUCAAAAAAAAAUUAGAGAAUUUCAUCCAGAAGCAAUUUUUUUCUAUUGUGUUGCACAUAAACUAAAUUUAGUUAUAGUAGGAAUGUGUAAACAUGUAAAAAGCUCAGUUUUAUUUUUUAAUACACUAGAGUCCUUGUAUAUUCAUUUUUCUAGACCAUCUUCUCAUCACAAACUAAUAAAUAUACAAAAACAAUUAGGCAUUAAACCAAGAGAAAUUAUGCAGAUAAGUGAUACAAGGUGGGCAUGUCGUUUUGAAAAUUGUGAUAUGAUACUCCAUCCAAUUCAAAAAAACAAGAGGAAAGUUUUUGAAAAUUCUUUACUUAAGGAUAGUAUUGUUACAUCUACAGUAGGAACAGAUAAUUUUGAAGAACAAAGUAAAACACCAGAAGCGCAUUGGAGAAGUCACUCAUAUUAUGAGAUUCUAGAUAGCAUAAUUCAAGGAUUGAACAGCAGAUUUUCAAGUGAAAGUUUAUCUAUUGCGAAUGCUCUUGAUACUUUCUUAAAACUAAAUACUAAUGACUCUGACCCUUUUAUUAACCACUAUCAGAAGUUACUUAAAAUUGAUUCUGAUCUACUAAAAGCAGAAAUGAUAGUAGCAAAAAAUUGCAUACUAAAAGAAGAAUGGGAUUUUGAUGAACUAAUAAACAUUGCUAAUAAAUCAGUACUACCAAAUUUAAGAAAAAUGUUAAAAGUAGCAUUAAUAUUACCGGUUAUUACAGCUACUUGUGAGCGUUCCUUUUCUGCUAUGAGGAGAAUUAAAACCUGGCUGAGAUCUAGAAUGGAACAAAAUCGUUUUGAUAAUUUGGCAAUACUAAACAUUGCAAAAGAUUUACUGAAGAACUUAAACAAAGAAAAAAUUCUUGAUGAGUUUGCCAAAAAGCCAAGAAAAUUAAAAUUGUAA